GCCUGUAUUGGUGUUAAAACGAAGUGAGACGCACUCGCUCGCAACUAGCCAGCCAACCGGUCUUCUUCGGUUUGCGCUCGUCCGCUUAGCGAUCAGUGUGCUGUAAUCUGCUGAGGCGUACAACCGUCAUCAAGUGGGUUUACCGAGUAAACUAUGGCGUUGUUGGAAUUGGUGUGGCUCGUAGUGGGCCUUCUACUGGCAGCGUAUUUAUGGAUCAAAAAGCGAUUCAGUUACUGGAAGGACCGUGGCGUAGCGUACAUAGAACCAGAAUUUCCGUACGGUAAUUUCAAGACCCUGGGUAAGGUGGAACACAUCGCUCCGAUUACCAGACGGCACUAUGGUUACUUCAAGCAGAAAGGUGUACCGUACGGGGGCGUGUUUAUGCUGACCUCUCCGCUGCUGUACAUUUUGGAUGUGAAACUAAUCAAAACACUGCUGGUGAAGGAUUUCAAUUACUUCCCGAAUCGGGGUGUGUAUUUCAACGAGAAGGAUGAUCCACUUUCGGCGCACAUCUUUGCGAUCGAGGGCCACAAGUGGAAAACGUUGCGAAACAAGCUCUCGCCUACGUUCACAAGUGGCAAAAUCAAGAUGACCUUUCCCUUCGUUGUGGAGGUGUGUAAGCGAUUUUGCGAUCAUCUCAGUGAGGUUGCGGGAAGAGAGACGGAGGUGGAGAUGCAUGAUUUACUGUCGAGGUAUACGAUUGAUGUUAUUGGAACGUGUGCGUUUGGAAUCGAGUGUAACAGCUUCCGUGAUCCUGACAAUGAGUUUCGGCGGUAUGGAAAGAUCGCGUUCGAUAAGCUGCCCCACUCGCCGUUGGUUGUCUAUCUUAUGAAAGCUUUCCGAAAGUACGCAAAUGCAUUGGGUAUGAAACAGUUGCACGAGGAUGUGUCCUCGUUCUUCUCGAAAGUGGUCAAGGAUACGAUUGAGUAUCGGGAAGGGAAUAACAUCGUUCGAAGUGAUUUUAUGGAUCUCUUAUUGAAGUUGAAAAAUACAGGUAGACUAGAGGAUGCUGGAGAGGAAAUCGGCAAACUUUCAUUCGAGGAAAUUGCUGCUCAGGCAUUUAUUUUCUUCACCGCCGGUUAUGAUACUUCAUCAACGGCGAUGACUUACACACUGUACGAAUUGGCCCGUAAUCAGGAGGUGCAGGAAAAGGCCCGCAACUGCGUUCUAGAUAUUUUCGCCGCCAACAAUGGCAAUCUAACGUACGAAUCUGUCUCCAAUAUGGGUUAUCUCGACCAGUGUAUAAACGAAACACUUCGCAAACAUCCACCGGUGGCAAUUCUGGAGCGCAACGCUGAUAAGGACUAUCGGGUACCGGGCAGUGACCUGAUCAUACCGAAAGGUCGCAAGGUAAUGAUUCCGACCUAUGCCAUGCAUCACGAUCCGGAUCACUUUCCGAACCCGGAACAUUACGACCCGGAGCGAUUUUCCCCGGCCGAAGUGGCGAAACGGGAUCCGUACUGCUUUCUGCCGUUCGGUGAAGGUCCACGGAUUUGCAUUGGUAUGCGCUUUGGUCAGAUUCAGGCUCGUGUUGGGUUGGCCAGUUUGCUGCGGCGGUUCCGGUUUUCGGUGUGCGAUCGUACCCAGAUACCGGUGCAAUAUUCACGGACUAAUUUUAUUCUUGGACCGGCCAAUGGUGUGUGGCUGAAUGUGGAGAAGUUGUAAUCUUUUAGAUGAAUUAAUUAAUAGAAUGUUUAUCUUGUAGAAAUAAUUUUCAAGAAGUUUAAUAUAUGACUAGAUUAAAAUCUUUUCUUUUCGUUUGCAAUCGUCUUGAAUGUUACUAGUUUUUCAAAAAAGCACGAAGAGCAUGAAAACUGUUGAACUUCAUCAACAUCAAUAUAAUUCUGAUCUAUAGUCUAUAGAA